AUGAGUUCCCGCCAGCAUCCUGGAUUGAAGGUGGUGCACAUAACUGCGGAAGAUGUCGAUCCGACACUGAGCACAUACGGCCUUCCACUUCAACAAGAUCCUGUUGAUGCCAUUGACAUCAUCGGAUGGAGCAAACAAAUAAUCUUGGGGCAGAUUGGCACAUCCAAUAAUGCGACCAACAUAACUUUGACUAACAAAACGUGGACUAACGGCACCACACCAAAUAUCCGCAGGCAUUCUCAGCAUUCUCAACAUGCGAACCAACUAAUCUCGCCUUACCGUCUCGGUUUGCAAAAGCGUGUGGAUGGUCCCAUCCAAUGUGGCCCAGGCCAACCUUGCUUGGACGAAUCAUGCUGCAGUAAGGAGGGCAAGUGUGGAUACAAAGCAGCCCAAUGUGCACCGGAGAAUUGCAUAUCCAACUGCGAUGCAAAGGCCAUGUGUGGUAUCGACUCAGUUGGUGGAAAGACGAAGUGUGGGCUCAAGCUCUGCUGCUCUUACUACGGAUGGUGCGGAACAGAAGAUGUCCAUUGCAAGGACCCAGAGCCUUUGAUCGGCAAGACGCCAUGUCAGCAAGGUUUCGGAUCCUGCGAGAUCAAACAAUCGCCUUCGUGUGGCAAAGGAUCUGGCACGUCAAAAGGACGUCGGAUCGGGUACGCCUCGCCAGAUCAAUACACGUGGGCUACCUGGAUCGCGAUCGGAGGCUGGUCUUUUAACGAUCCUGGUACCCCAACAUACAAUGCCUACACUGACAUGGUAUCCACUGAAGCGAACCGACGAGCCUUUAUCCAAUCUCUUAUCAAGUUCAUGGACACGUACGGCUUUCAAGGCGCGGAUAUCGACUGGGAAUACCCUGCUGAGCCGAAGCGCGGAGGCCGUAAAGAGGAUACCGAUAACCUAGUUCUUCUCAUGAAAGAGAUGAAAGAGCAGUUUGGUGGGAGGUAUGGUAGCAGCCUUACACUCGCACCAGACUACUGGUACCUGCGCGGUUUCAAGCCAGCUGAGAUGCAGAAAUACGUCGAUUGGAUGGGAUUCAUGAGCUAUGAUUUGCAUGGUCCCUGGGAUACUGACGUUAAAACAUUGGGAUCAAGAGUGCGACCCCAGACCGACAUCACUGAGAUCGAGAAGAAUCUCAAACCCUUGUGGUUUGACGGUGUUGAUCCUGCGAAGAUUGUCAUGGGCCUUGCAUACUACGGGCGUACUUAUACACUAGCCGAUCCAAGCUGUGGUAAGAUGGGCUGCAGCUUCAUCCCGGAUAAAGGAGGUGCGGCUGGUUCUUGCACUAACUUCCCUGGUGUCCUCUCAAACCGUGAAAUUAAGAGGAUUGUUAAGGAUGAAGGGGUCACGCCAUACUUUAACCAGACAGCUAUGGUGAAAUAUUUUACCUACCAGGGCAACAGCUGGGUAGGCUACGACGACGCGGAGACUUAUGCUAUGAAAGAGGCUUUCGCGAAUUCGUACUGUCUCGGCGGCAUCAUGAUAUGGUCGAUUGACUUCGAUGACGAAACAGGUGUGGGAUUGGGAGAUGCGAACGGUUACAAAUCGCCAGAAUCUGCAACCAUCAUACCCAUGGUGCAUACAACCGCUCCACGUGGAGGGACGUUUACCCUCGACUCGGGGGCAGCCACCGAUGUUCCCCGUCUACCCAACAGCGGCAACCAAAACUCACUUCAAGGCCCAGGUGCUGAAAAAUGCGAACAGUGCAGUUUCUUCCUUCUCAUUACCUCCACAUGCUGUGGCACGGGCGGAUCGGUCGGCAAUCCAGUCUUGAUACCUGCCAAUGUCCCUACUCCAAUGGAUAUUCCUCUGCCCGCAGGAUUUACUCCUCCUCAAUCGUUCAAAGAUUCCAGCGGAAACACUGUUCCUACAAACGAACCGCUUCCAAAGGAGACUCCCUUCGUCAUUGGGCCUGGAUCGCCGCUGCGAGAGGGUGAGGGUGACGACCAAAGUUCGAAUUCAUCAAACCUAAAGGAUCCCAACCCACAGGUGCAAUGCUUCUUCCCUUGUACUUUUGUUCUGCCGCCUUACACGUCUUUCACCACCACUGUUGAUUAUCCACGUAUCACUGUGACAGAGAGUGGCACUGUCAAGACAACCUUAACUUUCCCACCUUUGACGGUGAACGAUGACCGUCGAACUUCGAUCGUUCAAAUCAGCUCAUCUACUACUUGGCCUUACGUCACAUACACCACAUCAGGCACACGACGUACGACACGGCCGGGACCAAACAGCAACACCCCAGGUGGAGGUGGAAGCGGCGGCGGAGGCGGCGAUGACGGAGGCGGUUGCAAGCUCCUCAUUUGCCCACCACCACCUAGGAUUUCCUUUCCCCACCUAACCAUCUCUCAUGGUCCUCCUAAACCAACCGUCACCCCUUGCGCAUGGCCGACACUCAACUGCCCGAAACCCGGCCCACCGCCAGGCCCCGGUCCAACAUCCGGCGGCGGCAUGUCCAUCAUCCCGCCUGGCGACAACCAAGAAGACGACCAAGAAGAAGAAGAUGAAGAAGAAGAGGAAGAGGAAGCCUGCGCCAUCAGAAAGCGAGCCACCAAAACCAUCGGCGUCACCGUCACUGCAACAAGCCGAACAACCGUCAUCGUCACACCAACCACAACCACAACAACAACAACAAAACAGCCGCCCCCACCCGCAAAAACACCCGACUUCAGCAGAGACAGAAAGCACUGCUACGACGGCGUCGGCCAAUGGACCCGCCGCGCACGCAUGAUCGACAGCGCAGACAAAUACUGCGACCAAUCCCUCAAAGGCAAGAAGCUGACCGAAAAAUGGAACGCGGGUGAAGUAAAACGCCAAUACGUUCGCGAGGUCUCAGAAAUCAUUGCGUUCGUCGAAGUCGUGCCUGGUUCGGGUUGCGAGUGGGAUGUUGAUGUGAAUACCUGGGAACAAGGAAGGACAGAAGACGCAGAAGACGGGUGA